GCUGAGCUGUUCGAGUCUCCGAGGCUGAGCUCCCGCAGGCCGGGAAUCCCUUCUCCUGUACCGGGGCCGCCAUGGCUCUGAGGGAACUGAAAGUCUGUCUGCUGGGGGAUACCGGCGUCGGCAAGUCCAGCAUCGUAUGGAGAUUCGUGGAGGACAGUUUUGACCCGAAUAUCAAUCCCACCAUUGGGGCAUCGUUCAUGACCAAGACUGUGCCACAUCAGAACGAACUCCAUAAAUUCCUCAUUUGGGACACUGCUGGUCAGGAGCGUUUCCGCGCAUUGGCCCCAAUGUACUACAGAGGUUCUACAGCAGCCAUCAUUGUGUAUGAUAUAACGAAAGAGGAAACCUUCUUAACAUUAAAGAACUGGGUGAAGGAGCUACGGCAGCACGGGCCGCCCAACAUUGUGGUCGCAAUAGCAGGAAACAAGUGCGACCUCAACGACGUCAGGGAAGUUUUGGAAAAAGAUGCAAAAGACUACGCCGACUCCAUCAACGCAGUAUUCGUGGAAACCAGCGCGAAGAACGCCAUCAACAUCAAUGAGCUGUUUAUAGAAAUUAGUAAAAGGAUCCCCUCGGCCAACGCCGGCGCCACGUCUGGAAAGGGUUUCAAGCUCAGGAGACAGUCGUCGGAAGUAGAGCGCCGAUGCUGCUGACAGGAGAGACUGCUGCUCGUUCACACAAGAGACCGGACUGUUGGGGUUCAGUGCCAGCCGUCCCAUCUCCCAGUAUGUUCCACAGACCAGGGGAACCGCGGUGUGAAUGGGCCUUAUUAUCUAAAGGGAAAACGCCUCUUUGUUUGUGCCACGGAACCGCCCGAUUGCUGAUUGUUAGCUCUUCUGUACGACUAUAGACGCCCCCUCGACUAACGGCGGAGUGUCGGGGAAGGCGAUUUUGUAACGGAUUUUGUGAUUCACGUUAUCACUGCGUUUUGCCUCCAUUUCUCUGUGCCAUUUUCCCCUUCGGCGGGAGGCGACAGACCCCCCACCCCUGCGUCGGCCGGUUAGCGCGGUUUAGUACUCCGUGCCCGGUUGCCUGCUCUCAGUACAAGCCUACUAACAAGCAUGUUUGGAUUGGGGGUUCUGCUUACUGGUACCGCUGGGGAUGCUGGGAAUUGUAGUGCCACGGCGGCUGGAGGACAGAGAAAUACUGACCAAUAGUGAUUAUUCACCCAUUAGUCUUAAAUGUAUUCAGCUGAGCCCGGUUAUUUUGGGGGUGUAAAUUAUUUGCUUUUAACUUACCUUUAUGUAUUAACCCUGUGCCUUCCGGGGAGCAGGUCAUUCUCCAUUAAUGCUGUUUCUAAGGGCAAAGACACACGGGGCGAUUAGUCGCGGCAGGUUUCUUAAAAAGUCGCGGCGACUAAUCGGCAUUCGUGCAAAUGGAGUGAUUGGUUGUGUCGGUGCCUAUACUAACCUAUGGCUGCUGAACUGAAUUUUUAAAAAAGUGGCAGCGAAGUAGCUACUACUAGUAGCCCAGUGUGUCCUCACCCUUACUGCAAAGACACGCGUGGUGAUUAGUAGGUGCGACUUUUUAAGAAGUUGCAGCGAUCAAUCUUCAUGUGUGUCUUCACCCUGAGGCCAAGGACCCACGAAGCGGUUCAGUUGCUCGUGAAUGGGAGUUG